AUGCGAGUGGGAGUGCUGUGGCGCCUCCCCUGCCUUCUCGCCCUGCUCCUAUCGCUCCCACAAGCUGGCUGCCUCACCCUCUGCGGCCGGCGCAGCCUUGCUCCGCUUGCGCUCGUCGCUGCAGCCGCGCCGGCGUCCUGCCUCGCUGCCGAGCCUGUGCCUGCUCCGGCUUGCGACGACGCCUGCAUGGCAGCACGCGUAGCGCGGAAGCGCGAGCUUCUCGCCAAACAGGACCGCAAAGCGAAGGCUGGGACGGCUGCGAUUUUUGGCGCUGACUGGCAAAAGGGAGUCCGCGAGGAGAAGGCGGCGAGAAAGCCAGAUGCUGCCUCGGCGGGUUUCUCGAGUCCGUUUUUGCUCCCAGGCGAUGUCGGAGGAGUGAACCUUCAACGCAAGUAG